UAAAACCCAAAGCGAGGUCCGUGUCAAAGGUCACCACUGCACGUUGCGACGAUCGGAAAAUUCGUCUGUAGAAAAAAUGGGGAAAGUUAAGAAGGUAAAGCGGCUAAAAACAGAGCAACAUGCCGGAUCGCUCGCCGAGCAGAUCGUAGAGGACCAGUCCGUGAGACCCUCGCAGCGGACGAAGGAACGGAAAGCUGCCGACGAGCCAGAGGAAUCGUUUGUGGACAAAAACCUGUCGAGGAAGAUCCUUGAGCAGGCGAGACGACAGCAGGAGGAGCUGGAGGAGGAGCAUGGGGUGGUGAGGAAGGGGAGGAAGGGUGCGGCUCAGAAGACGGUGACACUCGGGGGACCCUCCAGGGAUGAUGAUGAUGACUCUGAGGAUGAGGAAGAUGAAGAGGAGAGGGCGGAGGAUGAACAGUUUGACUAUCAGGAAGUGGAGGUUGAUGAAGAUGAUGAGAAGGCACUGGCGCUGUUCAUGUCGGCGAACCCGCCCGUACGCAGAACGCUCGCCGACAUCAUCAUGGAGAAAAUCACGGAGAGGAAAACAGAGCUGGCCAGUCAGAGGUCAGAUGGCAGCCUGCCCAUGCCUGACCUUGACGAGCGUGUGGUGAGAGUUUACAAGGACGUGCGACAGAUCCUGUGCCGCUAUCGUAGUGGGAAACUCCCCAAGGCCUUCAAGAUCAUCCCUGCACUGGCCAACUGGGAACAGAUUCUGUACAUCACUGAGCCUGAGACAUGGACUGCUGCUGCCAUGUACCAGGCCACACGCAUCUUCACCUCCAACCUCAAUGUCAAGAUGGCACAAAGGUUUUUCAACCUUGUCCUUCUACCAAGAGUACGUGAUGACAUCACGGAAUUCAAGAGAUUAAACUUCCACCUGUAUAUGGCGCUGAAAAAGGCUUUGUUUAAACCAGCAGCGUUUAUGAAGGGUAUUCUUCUGCCAUUGUGUGAGUCUGGUACGUGUACGCUACGAGAAGCCAUCAUCAUCAGCAGUGUGCUCGCCAAGACCUCCAUCCCCGUCCUCCACUCAAGCGCCGCCAUGCUGAAAAUCGCGGAGAUGGACUACAACGGAGCUAACAGCAUCUUCCUGAGGGUUCUACUCGACAAGAAGUACGCUCUUCCCUACAGAGUGGUGGAUGCCAUGGUCUUCCACUUUCUAAGGUUUGUGAGUGAUAAGAGACAGCUGCCAGUCCUGUGGCACCAGUGUCUCCUCACCUUCGUGCAGCGCUACAAAGAGGACCUGGCCAGCGAGCAGAAGGAAGCGAUGAUUGACCUUCUUCGAGCCCAGACCCACGAGCAGAUCACACCCGAGAUCCGCAGAGAACUCCUCAACUCCAAGUGCAGGGAUGAGGAAACUGAUGAGCCAAUGGCGGGCGCGUCGUCGAUGAAAGGUGCAUCGUCAUUGGCAGGCGCAUCGUCUAGAAGUGUACAUUUUGCAGAUAUGGACUGAAAUACAAUACAUGUUGUCUGAUAUUCAUCCAAAGCUGUGCUGGUUACAUGCAAAUGUGGCCUGCCUUUCUAGCUGGAGGGCAAAGUGUAAGUUUUAGAUUGUACAUCAUUUGAAACAUCAUGUAAUGUGACCUAAAUUGGAAAGCACAAUUAUGUUAUAGUGACCAGUCAAGUCAUGUG